UAAAUCUCUUUUCCACCGCCUCCCAGCCUCAAUCGCCAACUACACACCGGCGGCCAGAGCCCCUCCGCAUAAAGCCUGCCCAUGCGGCCCUCCGCCAAAUGCCUAUCUCGCGCCCACCAGGGCCUCGGGCUGAAGGAGAUGUGUGGGAGCGUGCGGCCGCGGACGAUUCCCGCCGGGGCUGCCGGUCCGACCUCGACGACUGUUGGAGAGGAAGCGGAGUGCUUGGGGAAGUCGUGCGGGUGCAACGUCCGGUGCCGCUGUUACCUGUGGCCGUGGUACCGCUGUUACCUGUAGCUUCCGGAAAACCGGUGCCUUCUGUGGGCCUCGACAACCUGGCUGCCGCAAGCCCAGUCGUUGCCGCGCGCUCUGCCUCUGCUCCGGACUGGGGCACCAUCGCUGCGCCGGAUAAAGCUUGGAGACGGAGAGAGCCACCGUGUGGCUGCUAAGGCGAGGUCGAAGCCACUAUCCAGUAUCGAGGGCACCUCCAUGGCGAGCAGGCCGCCGGGUGAACCUCGCCUGUGUUGUGUCCACCACUUUGGGCGAGGUGUGGCUUCAGGCCAUCAGCGGUCCUCCGUGGGGACACCUGUGGCUGCAUGGUGGCGGGAACUCCUCGCCAGCACCGCAGUUCUACGCAUCAUCGUGAAUAGGAGCCUUGUGCUGCGCAAUCAAAGAUGGCCCGUAUCAGGUGCACUGCACGUAAGUCUGUGAUCCCCUUUUUGCCUUCUCGACUAGCGGAGCGUCCUCUGCGUCGCACGGUGUCAGGUCAGUCCAGUCACCUGGAGAGACUGCAUCGUCGCCUGCAUGAGGAACAGGAGCACCGAUGCUAGGAGCAGGAGCAGCAGGACUCUUCCCCCCCACCUCAGUGGGAGGUGGAGUUUGAGAGGCGGCCUUCCCCUGCACCUCAGUCAGAGAUGCCCCCUGGACCAACACAGGGCAUCCCGGCUGCUGGAGGAGACCCUGACGGAGACGACGACGACGCUGGUGGCAGUUCGAGCCACGACACGGAGCGCUCGGAGGAGCCGGAGCCGGAGCGAUGGAUCGUGAGACCCAUCACUCGUGACGCUGCUCGCGGGUGUCACUUCCACGACGCUCUCGAUACCCUAUUACGUCGGGCCUUUGACCGACACACUUGGUCUAUCGAGUACCAUUGUGUAGUCUACCAGCAUCGUCGCGGGUUAUACCCGGACCAGUGGGAGGCUACUUGCUUGGUGCGCUGUCUGGACGAUGAUCUCCGGGGUGCAGAGGCCUUCUCAGAGCACUAUUCUAUCACUGAGAGGGACACAGCCGAGGCAGCCAUGCAAGAUGCAGCACGACGGGCACUUUCUCAUUAUUGCUCGUUGUUCAGCGGGGUAGCUGAUGGCCUUGACCUGAAGUACUACCCUCGCCGUUCGACCGGCAGUGCUGAAGGUGUGAUUGUCUCGCCAGUUAGUGAGGGCAAUCCCAGGCAGAGCAACAUGGUCAACCUGGCCGCCGUGCUCAACACAGAGUUGGACCACACCCUUGACGAAUUGGGUAAGGUUCGGGCGGAGGUUGCGGAAUUGCGUGCUGAAUGCGCGGCACGCCACUAUCUUGAUGGUGGUUCUCCCGCCCCUAUAGGGAUUCAGCACCCUUACCGUUCACCGCCCCGUGGUCGCUUCGAUUAUCGUACCCCAGACUGUAGGACCCGCAUAGAUUUAGAUCCAUAGAUUGAUGGAGUCGGAGUCUGUAAUAAUGCUUAAUUCAGUGUCUUAGUCUAGUCAGUCUUAGUUAGAGUUAGUUUCGUUAUCUUUUGUUGGAUGCUUGUCAAGAUGAACAUGUAAUGAAGUUGGAUCUUUGUAAUGAUUGUCACCAAGGUGUGGGUAUCCCCUGCAACUUGGUGUAGCUAUUAAUAAAGUCAGUUAUUUAGUUGGG